AUGGCAAGUGCUCCACAAAUUACAAAGAAAAAGAAGGCCGUGUUGGACGGAGUGUUCAAGGCUGAGUUGAACAACUUCCUCAUGAAAGAGCUUGCUGAGGAUGGAUACUCAGGCGUCGAGGUGCGUCGCACUCCUGCUCGUGCUGAGGUCAUCAUCAUGGCUACUCGCACUCAGUCCGUUCUUGGAGAGCGUGGACGCCGCAUUAAGGAAUUGACAUCUGUCGUCCAGAAACGUUUCGGAUUCGAAGAAGGAUCUGUCGAGCAAAGCUAUACUCGAACUGUAUAA